CGCAUGCGCGCUUGCUCCCUUGGGGUCUGGUUUCCAACUUGGGGGAUGGGGGGAAGGGCUUCGUUUGUCCCAGCAGCCCCCUUCCCGCCCGGAGAAGUGGCGGGACCUCCGCGGCGCCCCGGGUGGGCUCCGCGCUCCGCGAGGGUCGCCCGGACCCUAGGGGCCGGGCCGGCCGCCGUGUAAGAGUUGGCAUUUCCAGAUUGGGGCUUGGGCCACCCCUCCUCCAGGACCCACCCCUCGGGACCGCGCCGGGCACCGCGGGCGAUCGGGCUGGCUCUCCUGGCGCGAAAAGGUGGACAAGUCCUAUUUUCAAGAGAAGAUGACUUUUAACUGUUUUGGAGGAUCUAAAACUUGUGUACCUGCAGCCAUCGAUAAGGAUGAAGAAUUUGUAGAAGAGUUUAAUAGAAUAAAAACUUUUGCUAAUUUUCCAAGUAGUAGUCCUGUUUCAGCAUCAACGCUAGCACGAGCUGGUUUUCUAUAUACUGGUGAAGGAGACACCGUGCAGUGCUUUAGUUGUCACGCAGCAGUAGAUAGAUGGCAGUAUGGAGACUCAGCAGUUGGAAGACACAGGAAAGUAUCCCCAAAUUGCAGAUUUAUCAAUGGCUAUUAUUUUGAAAAUAAUACCGCGCAACCUACCAAUUCUGGCAUCCAGAAUUGUCAGUACAAAGCUGAAAACUACCUGGGAGACAGAAAUCAUUUUGCUUUAGACAGGUCAUCUGAGACUCAUGCAGACUAUCUUUUGAGAACUGGACAGGUUGUAGAUAUGUCCGACACUGUAUACCCGAGGAACCCUGCCAUGUGUAGUGAAGAAGCUCGAUUAAAGUCAUUUCAGAACUGGCCAGACUAUGCCCACUUAACCCCAAGAGAGUUAGCUAGUGCUGGGCUCUACUAUACAGGUGUUGAUGACCAAGUGCAGUGCUUUUGUUGUGGUGGAAAACUGAAAAAUUGGGAACCUUGUGAUCGUGCAUGGUCAGAACACAGGCGACACUUUCCCAAUUGCUUCUUUGUUUUGGGACGGAAUGUUAAUAUUCGAAAUGAAUCUGAUGUCCUGGGUUCUGAUAGGAAUUUCCCAAAUUCAACAAAUUCUCCAAGAAACCCAUCCAUGGCAGAUUAUGAAGCACGGAUCAUUACUUUUGGGACGUGGAUGUACUCUGUUAACAAGGAGCAGCUUGCAAGAGCUGGAUUUUAUGCUUUAGGUGAAGGUGAUAAAGUAAAGUGCUUUCAAUGUGGAGGAGGGCUAACUAAUUGGAAGCCCAAUGAAGACCCUUGGGAAGAACAUGCUAAGUGGUAUCCAGGGUGUAAAUAUCUGUUAGAAGAGAAGGGACAAGAAUAUAUAAACAACAUUCAUUUAACUCAUUCACUCGAGGAGUCUGUGGGAAGAACUUCUGAAAAAACACCAUCACUAACUAAAAGAAUUGAUGAUAACAUCUUUCAAAGUCCUAUGAUACAUGAAGCUAUACGAAUGGGAUUCAGUUUCCGAGACAUUAAGCAAAAAAUGGAGGAAAAAAUUCAGACAUCUGGGAGCAACUAUAAAUCACUGGAAGUUCUGGUUGCAGAUUUAGUGAGCGCUCAGAAAGACAGUACACAACAUGAAUCAAGUCAGACUUCAUUGCAGAAAGAGAUUAGUGUUGAAGAGCAACUAAGGCUCCUGCAAGAGGAGAAGCUUUGCAAAAUCUGUAUGGAUAGAAAUAUUGCUAUGGCGUUUAUUCCGUGUGGACAUCUGGUCACUUGUAAACAAUGUGCUGAAGCAGUUGUUAAAUGUCCUAUGUGCUACACAGUCAUUACUUUCAAACAAAAAAUUUUUAUGUCUUAAUCUGCAGUAGCUGUGUUAUAUUCUUAUUACUCUGAUUGAAUAUGUGAUGUGAACCAAAUUUAAGUAAUCAGCAUUGAACUCCAUUUAGCAUUUGCUACCAAGAAGAAAAAUGUAAAACUGCAGUGUUGUAAUUGCCAAUCUAAAAUUUGAAUUUCUAGACU